AUGGCAAGCACCACCGUCGCGGGGCAGAACUAUGAUGUCCGCAUCGAAGUCAUCUCCCAGCCCGAGGACUUUACUCAAGUCACCGAGGUCGUCCGAGACGCAUUCGGUCACCAAGCUCGUGAUGGUGUCUACCUGUCCAUGAACCCCGGCUGGGAUACGCCGGAAGGCGUGGUUCGCGGCGCCGGUCGCAUGGCUAACCGCUUCAAAACCGUCAACCAGAACAACAAGGGCGACCCCAAUGUCGUCUUCCUCAAGGCCACCCUUCCGGAUCCCGAAAAUGCCGGACAGCGCAGAAUCGUAGGCAUGGCAAUCUGGGCACAGCAGUCCGCCAUUGAAGGUCACGGCGAUCAGCCACCGAAAGACUUGAUCAAGGAGCUCGGGCUGGAGUCCAUCUUCCCCGGCAACGAAGCCGAGCAGCGAUACGCCGCAGCCUGUAUGGGAUCGCUGCACAAGCGACGUGAGGAGGUCAUCGCAGAGAAGGCGACGGCGGCUGAGCCGGCAGUUUUCGUGCUGGACAUGUGCGCCGUGGAUCCCAAGUUCCAGGGUAAGGGCAUCGCCAAGAAGCUGGUUCAGUGGGGUCUCGAUGAGGCGAAGCGACGUGGCGGGCUUGAGCUACUCUUGGAGGCGUCAAGUAUGGGUAGACACGUGUAUUCCAAGCUGGGCUUCAAGCAAGAAGGUCCAGAGAUCGAAUAUGACGUUGAAGAGCAAUUCGCGCACCGAGACAGACCUUCGAAUAUUUUCAUGAGGACUGGAGACGGCCAGUGA